UUGAACACAUUCAAAUCCCACGGGGCCAAUAAUAGAGAAAUCCCAAGAUUCUGGGGCUUUGAUAGAAUUGAAUCAAUAUAUAUAUAUAUACGGCGUUUCGAGCAAAUUAAUCAUUAGUUCUCGUGAAGUUGGCAAGAGGCUCCUCCUUGCACUCUUUCUUCAUCUGAGAGAGAGGGGUGACACCCAAAAAGCUAGGGUUCUUAAAUUUGAUACUGAAUCAGUUUUAGAGUUAGGGAAAUAGAAGCUGAGGGAGUGCGUUUGGGUGUAGGCACUCUCCAUUGUUCUCUUUUUUGGUUUUUGGUGUACAAGGAAUUAGCCAUCAUGCAACGUUGCCAAGAUCAGAGGAUUCAUCUUGGUGAACUGAAAGGGCAUAUUGUGAAGAAGAUUGGUGUUGAAAGAUCUAAAAAGUAUUUUUACUACCUAAGUAGGUUUCUGUGUCAUAAGCUUGCAAAGAGGGAGUUUGAUAAGUCAUGUUUCAGGGUGUUAGGGAGGGAGAAUCUCUCUCUACACAACCAGCUGAUCCGUUCCAUCCUGAGAAACGCAACUGUCUCCAAGUCCCCACCAACAGUUCAAGAUCUGGCCAGGCCUGUUCAGAGUGGAGGAGAUGGAUCUUUAGUCCCUAACCAUAAUAAUCAGAAUGGUCCUGUUCUGUCCAACGGGAAGGUUGAACAUAUGUUGCAACAGCCAGUUUGUAGUAAUGUCGGUUUAGGAAACGGUGAUUUGAGUCGGUUUGAUGAUCAAAUAUCAGGCAGAUAUGGAAGAGAAGGUGAGUUUCUUGGCCCAAGUAAAAAUCUUGGAGCUGUAAAUGUAUCAGUGAGUAGUCCUCUGGUCGCACCUCUAGGGAUUCAGUUUUGUUCAGCUAGUGUCGGUGGUAGAACGGUUCCUGUUUCAACCGUAGUGAGUUGCUUACCGGAGACAGAGAUGGUGAGGAAAAGGAUGGAGAGUAUUGCAGUAGCACAUGGUCUUGAAGGUGUUUCGAUGGAGUGUGCUAAUACGUUGAAUGCCAUGUUGGACGUUUAUCUCAAGAAGCUGAUCAAAUCUUGCACUGAUUUGGUCGGAGCUCGGUCCACCAAGCAGCAGAGUCAGAACAGUUUGCAAGAUCAUCAUUACUCUGUGUCACUGCUUGAUUUUAGAACGGCCAUGGAGUUAAAUCCACAACAGCUUGGCGAAAACUGGCCUACUCUCCGAGAGAGAAUAUCCGUGAGGUCUUUCGAGGAACAAGACUUGGAGGUGUGAAAGAAAAUAUUGGACAUGGUAGAUAAUGUCUGAGUCCAGCAUGCUCUCGUCCAAAAGGGGGAAAGAGAGUGAAGUUAUGAUCCUGCAGCAGCAGAAGAAGACUCAGAGA